AUGAAGCUUCAAUUAGGUUAUUAUUACUUUGGAAUAUUGUACAAGCGUAUCCCAGUUAAAACCGUGGUUUGGGUAGCCAAUAGAAUCAACCCAAUCAAAGAAAAGCCCUUCAUACUGCACAUAAAUAGAGAAGGGAAUCUUGUGAUUGAAACAAAAAAUGGGACUGUUGUUUGGACGGCAUUAGCAGACUCAAAAAACAAGGCUUAUGAUCCAAUUCUUCACCUCCUAAAUUCAGUAAACAUGGUAUUAAGAGAUGAGAGAGAUGACCCAGAGAACUUUUUGUGGCACUGGAAGGGCACCCUCAACUUGUUAUGUGGAAGGGUUCAACAGUAUUCCAUAGGGGUGGUCCCUGGAAUGGUUUUUGUUUCAGUGGUGCCCCAGAAUUGGAGAGAAAUCUACUUUUUGAGUUCAAAUUUGAGCUCAAACGUGGAGGAUAUCUAUGAAUCUGUGCCAAGAGACAACUGUGAUUACGAUAAUCUUUGUGGCCCUUGUGGAAAUUGCAUCAUAGGGGACUCACAAGUUUCCAAAUUGUGCUGCAAGGAUAAGAGUGAAGAUGGAUUUUUGAAACUUAGUGGGCUUACAUAUCCUGAUACUAUACAUGCUUGGGUCAAUGAGAGUAUGGAUCUCAACAAAUGCAGGGAAACUUGCUUAAAUAACUGUUCCUAUACAGCUUAUGCAAAUUUAAAUAUAAAAGAGGGAGGUAGUGGAUUUAUGCUAUGGUAUGGUGACCUGAAGGACAUGAGACAGUUUUCUGGAGAAGCUUGGGAUCUGUAUAUUCGAAGAUGGCUGCAAUAG